AUGAUGGUGAUUUCUCAUAAGUUGAAUUUGAUUUUGUUCAUAAUCGUAAUCGGAGGAUCCAUUUGUCGUGUCUCUUCUUCGAAUAUCACCCAACUUUGUAACGGAUCAUGCGGUAGUUGGAAUCUGCCUUAUCCCUUCGGGUUUGCAGGCGGUUGUCCGAUCCGAUUUCAUUGCUCGAAGACUGACGGAGAAGCAAAGAUCGGAGAUUUUCUCGUCCAAAACGUGACGGAAGACAGUAUAUUCGUCGGUGUUCAACACAAUUGCACUCGGAGGAUUGAAGUUAUGUACCCGCUUUUCGGUGAUCACUAUGCUCCUACAUCGGGGAACAGUUUCCUUAUGGAGAAUUGCACAAAGCCAACCGAUGGCUGCUCGAUCAAGCAGAGGUUUUUGGAGACUCAGCUGAAACUGAAAAGCUGUGAUUCCAAUGGUAACCUAAGCUGUUUUUCUCCGGAUACAAACUCGAGCUCAACGAAUGCAACCAAGUAUUUCAGUAAGAUUGAUUUGAAGAACAGCACUUGCAGUUUAUUGUUCUCGUCGAUAGCUUUCGAGUCUGUAGGUACGCAUUCGGGAAUAGCGCUGGAGUUUGAGAGAGUUAGGUUAGGUUGGUGGUUAAAGGGAGAUUGCAAAAAUGUAACAUGCGCGGAAAGCGCCAAUUGUACACCCGUUGACACACCUGACGGAGGUGCAGGAUACCGGUGCUCAUGUAUCGAGGGUUACCAGGGAGACGGAUUCAUCAGCCCUUGCCGGAGAGUGCUACCGCACUGCCGUGGUUCCAGGCUCAUGUCGGGACAUUGUAGAUCUAAUUUUGGUAUCAUUUUAGGAGGAACUGUUGGUGGAGCAUCCUUGCUAGUAGCUGGCUUGGCUCUUUUUUUCUUUUGUAAGCGCAGACGGUCUACUUCUCUGAGAAGCCACUUAAACGCAAAACGUCUUUUGUCUGAAGCUGCAGGCAACUCAAGUGUCGCCUUUUUCCCUUAUAAGGACAUAGAGAAAGCAACAAAUGGUUUCUCGGAAAAGCAGAGGCUAGGAACAGGCGCAUAUGGUACCGUUUAUGCAGGAAAGCUCCAGAAUGAUGAAUGGGUUGCUAUCAAAAGACUCAGACACAGAGAUUCAGAAAGUGUUGACCAAGUCAUGAAUGAGAUCAAGCUUCUUUCCUCUGUGAGUCAUCCGAAUCUUGUCCGUCUCUUAGGAUGCUGUAUAGAACAAGGCGAUCCAGUUCUCGUUUAUGAGUUCAUGCCAAAUGGAACUCUAUCAGAACAUCUACAACGAGAGAGAGGGAGUGGUCUCCCAUGGACUGUGCGCCUCACUGUUGCCACUCAAACAGCUAAAGCAAUCGCGUAUCUCCACUCUGCGAUGAACCCACCGAUCUAUCACCGUGACAUCAAAUCCAGCAAUAUCCUUCUUGAUUAUGAUUUCAACUCCAAAGUUGCGGAUUUCGGACUGUCUAGACUGGGAAUGACGGAAAAUUCCCAUAUUUCAACAGCUCCUCAAGGGACUCCUGGUUAUCUUGACCCGCAGUACCAUCAAUGCUUCCAUCUUUCUGAUAAGAGCGACGUCUACAGCUUCGGAGUCGUUCUUGCUGAGAUCAUAACGGGAUUAAAAGUUGUCGAUUUCACUCGCCCACAUACCGAAAUCAACCUAGCAGCUCUUGCUGUUGACAAAAUCGGGUCAGGUUGUAUCGAUGAGAUUAUUGACCCGGUUCUUGACCUGAAUGUUGACGCAUGGACUCUCUCAUCUAUACACACCGUGGCUGAGCUCGCAUUCCGAUGCUUAGCUUUCCACAGCGAUAUGAGACCGACAAUGACUGAAGUAGCGGAUGAGCUUGAACAGAUACGGCUCAGCGGUUGGAUUCCAAACAUGAGCUUGGAUUCACCAACCGGUUCUCUCCGGUCAUCUGAUCAAGGAAGCGAAAGAUCAGUAUCGGUUAAAAAAUCAUCAGCAGGAAGCAGAAGGCUCGUUGUCCCUCAGAAACAACCCGAUAUCCUUGCUUCUGUCGAAGAGAUUAACGAUAGCUCGCCCGUCUCGGUUCAAGAUCCUUGGUUAAGUGCACAGAGCUCACCUUCUACGAAUACAUUGCUUGGUAACAUUCCCAGGUGA